AUGGGUACUCUCUACGUGGCUGACCCAGAGAAUAAUCGUAUCAUGCGUUGGCCAAAAGGAGCAAAACAAGGAAGGAUUAUCAUUAUUGGUAGAGCAGACGAAGCAGCACCAUUCAAUGGUCCAGCUGGUUUGUCCUUCGAUCAUCAUGGCAAUCUCUAUGUCGCCGAUGAGACAAAUCACCGUGUUCGACGGUUUGAUCUCCAAGGACUCCAUUGCGCUGAUUGA